GGAGUGACUAUAAAUACAAAGCUGAGGGACUAAAACAAAAGCAUUAUCAGUUCAAGAGAAACAAAAAAAAAAAGAUGACCCAUUCUUCAUUGAAAGGAGGAAGAAUUAGUAGUCCUUAUAGCCAUGGCUUCUCUUCUUCUCAAAUCCAAACUAUUGCUUCCUUUUGUGAAACUAUCAUUCCUCCACUCCCAACACCCCUAUAUGAUCAUCAAGAUUCAAUCUUUUCUUCUUCUGGUUCUCAGCCUCCAUUCCCCAAUGAGGUUGCAGAGCUACUGGUGAAGAGGAGCAAGGCUGAGGCAAUGUUCAUAAUAAGGAUAGUUGUGUUUAUGUUAUCAACAAGAUUAGGGAGUCUUGUGCUUUGUGGACGUGUAUGCUUGGAUAAAAGAUGGCCUUUUGUUCACAACUUCUCUGAAUUAUCCUUAAAGCAAAGAGAACUACUUCUGCAAAGCUGGUCCAGAGAGAGUUUUCUCCUUCCACUAAGAAUUACUUUCUUAUUGAUCAAAAUUAUCUGUCUCUUCAUCUUCUUCUCAUGGACUGAUGAAAAUUUCAAGAAUCCAGCAUGGGAAGCUAUUGGGUAUCAUCCAGACACAAGACUGACUCCAUCUGAAUACCAUAAAGAAAGACCACUUGAAAAAGGGAUUGUGGAAACCAUAAACGAGAGUGAUGAAACCUUGAAAGAAUCCUUAACCAAGAAAGGUGUUCCUCUUACUGAGGAUACAAAAGACAACACUUUUAAGAUAAGAUGUGAUGUUGUGAUUGUUGGUUCUGGAUGUGGAGGAGGAAUUGCAGCAGCAAUCCUUGCAAAAUCAGGUCACAAAGUCGUCGUGCUCGAAAAAGGUCAUUACUUUGUGCCAGAAGAUUAUUCUGGUCUGGAAGGACCUUCUAUGAAUGAACUGUAUGAGUCAGGUGCAAUGCUUAGUACUCUUGAUGGAAAAGUAAUGGUUAUGGCUGGAACAACAGUUGGUGGUGGAUCAGCUGUAAACUGGUCUGCUUCCAUUAGAACUCCAACUGAUGUUCUCAAUGACUGGUCUGUGAAGCACAAGAUUCCAUGGUUUGGAACUUCUGAAUAUCAGUCUGCCAUGGAUGCAGUCUGCAAACGGAUUGGUGUGACGGAGAAUUGCUCCAACGAAGGACUUCAGAAUCAAGUAAUACGAAGAGGGUGUGAAAAUCUUGGUUUGAAGGUGGAAAAUAUACCAAGAAAUUCUUCAGAGAAUCAUUAUUGUGGUUCUUGUGGUUAUGGUUGUAAAACAGGAGACAAGAAAGGGACUGAUACCACUUGGCUUGUUGAUGCUGUUAACGCAGGCGCCGUUAUCUUGACUGGAUGCACUGCAGAAAGGUUCAUACUGGAAGAUAACAUGAAUGAGAAGAUGAAGAAAAGAUGUAUUGGAGUUAUUGCAACAACUGAAAGCAGGAAGAUCACUAAGAAGCUGCACAUUGAAGCUCGCGCCACGAUUUCUUCCUGUGGAUCUCUAUUGACACCUCCCUUACUGAUUUCCAGUGGACUGAAGAACAAGAACAUUGGGACAAACCUCCACCUCCACCCUGUUCUUUUGGCGUGGGGAUACUUCCCCGAAUCCAUGUCUGAAUUCAAAGGUAAGAAUUAUGAGGGAGGAAUAAUGACAGCCCUUCAUAAGAUGGUGCCUGAAGAAACUAAUGCACAGGCCAUAAUAGAAGCUACAGCUCUGGGACCUGCUUCUUUCGCCUGCUUUUUCCCAUGGACUUCUGGGCAGGAUAUGAAGGAGAGGAUGACAAAGUACUCACGAACAGUAAAUCUGUUAGCAUUGGCAAAAGAUCAAGGUUCAGGAGAAGUAAAGAAGGCAGGGAGGAUAACGUACAGACUGGAUGAAAUUGAUAAAGAGAACAUCAAAGCAGGCUUAAGAAGGGCAUUGAGGAUCAUGGUAGCAGCAGGAGCUGUUGAAGUGGGAACAUAUCGAAGCGAUGGCCAGAAAAUCAGUUGUAAAGGGAUCAAGAAUGAAGAGUUGGAACAGUUUCUGGACACAGUUGGAGCUACUGGAGGGCCAAGCUCUAAAGGAGAACAGUGGACAAUCUAUGGCUCUGCACAUCAAAUGGGAAGCUGCCGGAUGGGGGCGAAUGAGGAAGAUGGAGCAGUGGAUGAGAAUGGAGAAUGCUGGGAAGCGAAAGGCUUAUAUGUAUGCGAUGGAAGUGUGCUUCCUACUGCAGUUGGUGUCAACCCAAUGAUCACUAUACAGUCCACUGCUUAUUGCAUUGCCAAGAGAAUAGCAGAGUCGAUGCAUAAAGAAAAGCUAAUUUCAGACAUAUGUAAAUGACAUAAAUGUGUCUCCCUCACCCCAGAAUAAAUCUUAUCUGGGAAAUAAAAUUUACCAUUUCAAUUUCAACCGAUGCACUGAAAACAGAAUUGCAACUAAACUGUUACCA